UCCAUCCAAGUGGAUUAAUCCACUUUUAGUCUACACCCAGUGAGUCCAUCCAAAUGGAUUAAUCCACUGUUAGUCUACACCCAGGGAGUCCAUAGGGACGUUUUCCACCUGACUGUCACCGAGACUCUCCCAACUACCCAAUCCCCGCCUGCCCACCAGGGUCAGCGGUGGACGGUGGGCCACCCCAGUGCCUCCCCGUGUGGCCCUGUGACACUCAGCUCCUGGUCACUGCGACGAAGGCCCGAGACAUGCGACUGGUCAAGAGAAAAGUCGACUCUGGGUCCCCGUCUUGGAGGCGGGGCCUUGGGGCAGCCGCACGUGACGGUGGGCGCGAGUGGCAGAGGAGAAAGAAGACAAGAGGACGAGCCUGGGGUCCCAGUGACCCUGCAGCACACUGGUCCAGUGACCUCAGGUCCCCACUAGGUGCCGCCACCUCCCGACCGCUCCAGGCUGGGGACCCACCGGUGGCCGCAGGGAGGCGGGAGUUCUCCAUGGACCUCCGUGUUGGGAGCAGGGAGCCUCGGGCCUUCAGGGAACCUGGACAUAGAACAUGGGAGGUCCUCGGGGCUCAGGGGAGACUCCGCGCGGGACACUCUCGUCCCCUGGGGUCGGCCAUGGGCAGGAAGACCACGCCCCAGAUGGACAGUCCCUCCCUUCCCUGCCUGUCGGAGCCUCGGGCCCUCGCUCUGAGAGCGCCAGUCAGACUGAACGGAAGUCCCACUGGGGACAGUGCGCAGCCUGUGCACCAUCCCGGCCUCCACAGCUGUGCACCAUCCUGGCCUCCACACCCCGAGCGCCAUCUUGGUUUUUACAUCCCAUGCGCCAUCUUGGCCUCCACACCCCGUGCGCCAUCUUAGUCUCCACACCCUGAGCACCAUCCUGGCCUCCACACCCCGUGCGCCAUCCUGGCCUCCACACCUUGAGCGCCAUCUUGGUUUUUACAUCCCAUGCGCCAUCUUGGCCUCCACAUCCCAUGUGCCAUCUUGGCCUCCACAGCUGUGCACCAUCCUGGCCUCCACACCCCGAGCGCCAUCUUGGUUUUCACCGGGGCCCUCUGGCCGUGCUGAUGGAGGGUGCCCGGGUGGAUCUGAGGUUCUCAGUGGCCCUUGGAGACUCGGGCCGUGGGCCACCCUGGGGCCACCCACAGGGUCCUGAGAAUUGCUGUCCUCACAAGCUUGGGACGCGCUGCUGGUCCAUGGGCCUCCCAGGGACAGACAGGUGUCCCUCAGCCCGAGCGUGGAUGCUCCGUCCACGUCCCUCGCUGGGCACCACCAGGAAGGGCACCACCAGGAAGAGCGCCACCAGCUGUAGCGCUGACCACCAGAACCGGGGGCUGGAGAGCCACCCCUCCCCUGGCCUGGGCCUCAGCCUGUCCUCCCAGAGGUCAGGAGGCCGGGGCAGGAGGAUCGCGGGUUCAAAGCUCAUCACUCGGCGAGGCCCAAGCCACUCGGCGAGGCCCCGGGCUCAGCAUGAAAACCAAACCAAACCUUUUUUUCCUGUUCUUUCCACGCGCCUGGCCUCAGGCACCGUGUCACAGUGACAGAUGGCCCCGGGCAGCCCAGAUCCCAGGGCCACACGCAGGGCCUGUUCCACAGGCUGAGCAAGGUCCCCGAGAGACCGAGGCCCCAGCCUCCCGUCCUCACGGUCCGCGGGCAUCAGAGCCACCGCUGGGACACCUGGCUCUGGGCCAAGAGAGGGUCCCCGAGCGGCUGUGCCUGUGGCUCAGUGCGCGACGCUGGGCACGCUCCAUGGUCCUCCGCCUGCGGUCUCUUCCAGGUGGGGCCGGGGCGCUGGCCCAGCAGUGCGCCUCCCUGUACCCCGGGUGCCGGGUCACCGUGUUCGAGGUCCCCGAGGUGGUGCAGACGGCCAGGGCCCACCUCCCGCUGCCGACGGAGGGCCAGGUGGGCUUCCGUGAAGGGGACUUCUUUGCGGACCCCCUCCCCGAGGCUGACCUCUACAUCCUGGCCAGGGUCCUGCACGACUGGUCAGACGAGACGUGCUCCCGGCUGCUGGCCAGCGUCCACCACGCCUGCAGGCCCGGUGGCGGCGUCCUGGUGGUGGAGCGCGUGCUGGACGCGGACGGCCGGGGCCCGCUGGCCACGCUGCUGGGCUCGCUCAACAUGCUGCUGCAGGCCGAGGGCCGCGAGAGGACCGCCGCCCAGUUCCGGGCGCUGCUGGCGGACGCCGGCUUCGGGGGCUUCGCGCUGCGCAGAACGGGCGGCGUCCACGAUGCCAUCCUGGCCACCAAGGCGCUGCCCGCAUCCGGCCACCCUGGGGCCCGAGGACAAUAAAGAGACGUG